GUUUCAAAUCUGUAUAAAUGUCUUUGUUCUGAUGAACACAGAGAAAGAUAUUUGAAAGAAUGUUAGCCAUUUUCAGUUCUGUGACAUCAUACAAAAUAUGGUAUAUUUCUUUCUUCUGUUGAAAACAAAAUGAGAUAUUUUGAAGAAACACCAGUUCUGGGGCACCUUUGACCAUUUUAUUUUUCCUACUAUGGUAGUCAAUAAUGUUCCAGAACUGAAAAUUGCUCACAUUCUUCCAAAUAUCUUUCCCUGUGUUCAUCAGAACAAAGUAAUUUAUACAGGUAUGAAAUUUCAUGAGGGUGAGUGAAUGAUAACAGAAGGUUCAUUUUUGGGUGGACUAUCCCUUUAAGUGAAGUUUACUAUUUCUAUAAACAAUGUAUUUAAUAGGCUUCUCAGUCAAAAACGCAAACACAACUACAAACCAAAUAUACUAAGAAUAUAAGUAAACUUGAACUUUAAAAUAGAUCUUGAUCAAAGAUUGAGUACAGACCAAAUAUACUUUGACUUUUUUCUUCAGUAUAUGCAAGUCAAGUAAUGUGUAAAUAAGUGUAAUUUUAAGUGCUUUUCUGAAAAGUACAUAAAAAGUAGACUAAAAGCAAACUUUAUUUUUAAGGGGAAAAUAAAGAAGUAUAGUAACAGCAACUUUUUGUGAGGGAUCUGCUACUCAUAUAAACAUGAUGUUCCACAUUCUGAUAUACUGUAUCUGCUAUAGAUGUUUAUACUUCAUGACCAACCUUGGAUUUAUUCUGUCAUGAAAUUGAGCUUAUCAAAUACAUUUUCUACUCAAGUACUUUUAUAUAUUCACAACAUUUCAGUAAACACCACAUUUUGUGAAAACACGGUGUGUUUUUCAAAAUGUCAUGCCACAAAAAGUUGCUCUCAAGACAUAAAAAGAUGUGCCAACUUGCACCACAAUGUAAAAUCCCUUGCAGGCUGUGGACGUUCUAAAAGCAGAACGCAUUGGACAUGGAUACAACACACUUAAAGAUGAAGCUCUAUACAGAAAACUGCUUCAAGACAACAUGCAUUUUGAGAUGUGUCCUGUCUCCAGUAAGCUGACAGGAGCUUGUGGCCCUGAUUUUACGAAACACCCUCUCAUCAGAUUUAAACAGGACAAAGCCAACUACUCCCUGAACACAGAUGACCCUCUGAUCUUCAACUCCACCCUAAACUCAGACUACCAGGUGGCACAGAAAUACAUGGAUUUUACUGAAGAGGAAUUCAAGAGAGUGAAUAUAAAUGCAGCGAAGUCUAGCUUCCUUCCCGCAAAGGAGAAAGAGGAGCUUCUUUAUCAGCUCUAUGAGGCUUAUGGCAUGCUGAACGACACCAGCUUUUGAGCCUGCCACCGCUUUAUACAGAGACGCAGGCUGCAGAGCCUUUUAAGAUGUUUGCCUUUACAUGAAUGUGAAAGUGGGCCCGGAGUCCUUGAAGCGUGACUCAAAUAUCUGGAGAACUCUAUGAAAUAUUUUGUAAACGACACAAAAUUCAUGGCAACUUUGACAUUUAGAAGUACACGUGCGGCCUGUCCACAUAAAAGUUGCAUUUGUCACAUUAAUAUUACAUUUUAGCAUGCUGUUUUUUUUUUCAACAAAUGCUGUCGUCUUGGAGCUUGAAGGACAUUUUUUCUCAUUGCAUUUUAAUGUCCAUCAUCUAAAUAUAUUGUAUUUGAUUGCAUAUGAUCCAAUGCAUAUAAUAUAUAACCUACUAUACUUCAUGUUCUCAACAGUAUAUAGGCCAUUCUACAGAAUUGGUGCAAAGUCAGAGUUGGAAACAUCUUGAAAAUUUUGUUUUCUUCAGAAAAUUGUAAUUAAUGCAAAUUGUAUAAUAUCAAAGGUACACAUUUCUAGUAAUUGUGCAGUUAAUUUUCAUAUUGUAAUUUCAGAAAAUUUUGGAAUAGUCUUCCUCUCCCCAAAUUUUGUCACUACCAAAACACAAUAAUAUAUAAUUUAAUAAGAAGGAUUAUAUUUACAUACUAAGAUUUUGUUUAAAUCUAAAAAAAGUUUUCACACGUAACAGUUACAAUUUUAACAAUACUUGAAGUGUAAAGUUUUCAGUUCUUCAGAAUUUUGAAUCCAGUCUUUCUUUGUAAAAGGCAUAAAAUUGAUCAUACUGAUUUCAAAGUUUAUAUAUACAUUGAACCAAACACUAUUAUAACAUCUUAGUUGAUCAUUUAAUAUACUUUAUUUUUGACAAAAUAUCCCAUGUUUCGGUCGUGACACACACAUUUUCAGUAGUGGUGGUGAUCACAAUAUUUAAUUUGCACAGCUGAAUCACUUUCAAAAUUUUAUGUCAAUACAAAUAACUAACUAUGUUGUACAUACGCAGCCACCACAUAUAGCAGACACACAUCUGACAAUAAAUAUCUAAUAUAAAACCUACAACUCACAUACUAUAUCACUACUAAAACACUAAUGAUUUGCGUAACUGUACAGAGUUCUGUUUAUUUCCCCAAAUAAAGGAUUAAGUGUUCCUUUUUAUCACUUCCGAAACAAUUUUUGUUUUGGAAGUGACCAUUUUUUGAUACUUUUGAGCCUAGCUCAAAGAUGCUAAUCAGCACAUUAGCAAGCACAGUUCUGAACAGAUACAAACAUAAAAACUUAAUUUUAUGGAAUACUGGCCAAAAAAGUUUGUUUAAAUGCAGAAAAAAUAUGUUUGAUAGUGACAUUCCUUAAAGUUGCACACAGAUUUUCAAACUUUUGAACACAUUUACUUGAAUGAUAAGACCGAUCUACUCACCAUGUAGCUAUUAGAGAGAGAGAGAGACAGUAAUGAUUCUUGAUAAAAAAAAUGUAGGGGAAAUCAGUCUCAGCCAAUGGACUAAAAAAAACUUACACCGUUUUGGUAGUGACAUGAAAAUCCGGGACACAUAUUUUACAUAGUUUAAUCAUUUAAAAAUAAAAUAUAGAAUAAAAGAUUUGAAUACUUUAAUGCUUUUUAAAUGUUUUUUUUUUUUAUGUGAGACAACAGUUUGCACGAAUACUGUAGAACGGCCCAUAUAUGCACAGAAACAACAGAAGAGCUUUAUAAUGUGAUGAAGUUAAGCAAAAACAUUUGCACCAAGUUGUACAAAAUUAUUCAGGACUGUGUAUGAAAGGUGCUAUAUGAAUACAUUAAAUGGUAUAUUACAUAGUAUAUUAAAUAUAUUAGACAUGUCCUUAUGUGUUUGACCCACGUCAUGAAUCCAAAACAUUAAACCUGAUAGUGUUUUAUUUGGUGCUUGUGUGAUAUACAGUAUGCAUUUAUGUACAUUAUAUAAACUAUAGGGUAACACUAUAAUAACCACUUUGUUGCCCUACCUUUGUUCUAACACCAGAGGGCAUUUACAAUAGACUUAAC